AUGCAAAACACAAAAAAUACAAAUGAAUGGGUCAAUUGGAUUGAAGAAUCUAUAUCUAAAGAAUAUUAUAGACUUUAUGAACAAAAACAUUUUAGUAAUAUUCAAAAAGUUGGAAUUGGAGGAUUCGGAAAAGUUUAUCGUGCGAGUUGGAAAAAUUCAAAAUAUUUUGCGUUGAAAUCUUUUUUUAAUCUUGAUGACGUUACAGCAAAAGAAAUCGUUCAUGAGCUUAAACUUCAACGUGAUAUACAAUUUCAUAAUAACAUUAUUAAAUUCUACGGAAUUGCAAAAUUUGACCCGGAAAAUGAUAACGCUCAAUCAAAAAAUUAUUUACUAGUUAUGGAGUAUGCUGACUCUGGAAUAGUGCAUCGUGAUCUGCACUCUGGUAAUAUAUUGGUCCAUCAAAACACUAUCAAGUUGUCCGAUUUUGGGUUGUCAAAGAGAAUCGAAUCAUCAUCCAAUACACAAUCAAAUCCUUUUAGAAUAAUUCCUUACGUUGAUCCAAAAAAAUUUAGCGAACAAAGAAAGAAUAAAAACUCAACACAAAUAUUCUCAUUAAACGAAAAAAGCGAUAUUUAUAGCGUUGGUGUUUUAUUCUGGGAGAUUUCUAGUGGUCAACCUCCAUUUUAUACAGAAGACGAAAAAUAUGAUGUUGAUUUAGCUAUAGAAAUUUCACAAGGUCUCAGGGAAGAACAUAUCUCCAAUACACCAGAAGAUUACAUUAAAAUUUAUACUGAAUGUUGGAAUGGCGAACCUGAUAAUCGUCCAACUAUAAAUCAAGUAGUAGAAAGAUUAAAAGAAAUUAUAACAAAAACGAACAUAACAACAGAAAAUAAUAUUAGCACUUUUUUGAAUACUGAUAAUUCGUUACAUUGGGAAAUGUCUCAAAUUAUACAAAAUUUUAAUAAGAUGAAUAUAAAAGAAAUUGUACCCGCAAACAUAAUAAUUGAAAAUAAUUCAUUUGAAAUAGUUAAUGAUAUUGUAAAUUAUAUUUUCAAAACAGUUAAUGAAGGAAAAGUAUCUACAUUAAUCAAAAAUACUACAAAUAUUCUUGAUUAUUUUAAUAAUAAUUAUAUAAAUUCACAGGAAAUUUAUGAUUGGUUAUUAAUCAAUCAAAAUAAUUCAGAUUCUAUAUUUUUACUUGGAUAUUUUAAUUAUUUAGGAAUUGAAACAAGUGAAGAUAAUAAGAAAGCAUUUGAUUUAUUUAUUAAUGCAUCAGAGCAAGGUCAUAUAUUAGCACAAUUAUAUGUUGGAACAUGUUAUCAAUUAGGUCAUGGAAUUACAAAAGAUGAAAAGCUAGCUUUAAAAUAUUACGAAAAAAUAGCAAAUAUGGGUUAUGCAUCAGGUUUAUUAAAAGUUGGAUAUUGUUAUGAUUGUGGAAUAGGAACUAGUGUUAAUUAUCAAAAAGCAAUUGAAAUAUAUCAACAGGCAACAAAUUCAGGAAAUUUUAUCGCCCAAAGUAAUAUUGGUGUCAUGUAUGAAAGUGGAAAUGGUGUUGAUCAAGAUUAUGAUAAAGCUUUUGAAUUAUAUCAACAGGCAGCAAAUUCAGGAAAUUACUUAGCUCAAUAUAAUCUUGCUAAUAUGUAUAAGCGUGGAAUGGGAAUUGAAAAGGAUAUAAAUCAAGCGAUUUAUUGGUAUGAGAAAUCUGCUAAACAAGGAUUUCAAAAUGCUCAAAAUACAUUGAAAAUAAUCAAGCUUGUUUAUGAUUUAAAAUUGAAAUACAUUAAUAAAUAA